AGCUCCCGGUUCCCGGUUCUCUGCCUCCGCCUCCCGCUCGCCUGUCCGGUUAGUAGUCACCAUGUCGGAGUACAGCGCGGUCCCUCCGCCCGGCCCCGGGGCCCCUCUGGGCGGGCCGGCGGCUCUCGGUAACGGGGCAGGAGGCAUCAAGAAAGAUGCGUUCGCGGACGCGGUGCAGCGGGCCCGGCAGAUCGCAGCUAAGAUCGGAGGAGACGCUGCUCCUCCCAUCAACAACAACAACAACAACGCUGCUCCAGAUGGUUUUACAUUCACGGCACAGAAACGACAGCUGGAGGACGCAGAUGAACCAGAGAGUAAGAAGCUGGCGGCUCAGACUGACCUGGACUCAGCUAACGCUCUCUCUAUCGGUGCUCAGCUCGCUGCUCUUGCACAACAAAGACCGGCCUCCAGCACGGAGGAGUACAGUGUCCCAGACAGCAUGGUGGGCCUCAUUAUCGGCCGUGGAGGUGAACAGAUCAAUAAGAUUCAACAGGAGUCGGGUUGUAAGGUUCAGAUAGCUCCAGACAGUGGAGGUCUUCCAGACAGGAGAGUUUCUCUCACUGGUUCACAAGACGCCAUACAGAACGCCAAGAUGCUGCUGGAUGAGAUCGUGUCCAGAGGAAGAGGAACUCCUCCGUCUUCGUACCACGAGUCCUCCAACGGGCUGAACGGAUCCGUACACGAGAUGAUGAUCCCGGCGGGGAAGGCCGGCCUCGUCAUCGGGAAGGGAGGAGAAACCAUCAAACAGCUGCAGGAGCGUGCCGGGGUGAAGAUGAUCCUGAUCCAGGACGCCUCUCAGGGUCCCAACGUUGACAAGCCGCUCCGCAUCAUCGGAGAUCCCUACAAAGUUCAGCAAGCCCAGGAGAUGGUGCAGGAGAUCCUGAGGGAGAGAGACCACGCCGGCUUCAGUGAACGAAAUGAUUUUGGCUCCAGAACGGGAGGAGGGAUGGAUAUUCCUGUACCGAGACACUCGGUCGGUGUCGUCAUCGGGAGAAACGGAGAAAUGAUCAAGAAGAUCCAGAACGAUGCUGGAGUUCGGAUACAGUUUAAACAAGAUGACGGUACUGGUCCUGAUAAGAUGGCCCACAUCAGCGGCCCCCCGGAGCGCUGCGAGCACGCCGCCCAGAUCAUCAACGACCUGCUGCAGAGCAUCAGGGUCCGGGAGGAGGGCCAGGGGGGACCCCCGGGUCCUCCAGGCAUGCCUGCAGGCAACAGGGGCCGAGGUGGGGGUCAAGGCGGCUGGGGGCCCCCCGGAGGGGAGAUGACCUUCUCUAUUCCCGCCCACAAGUGUGGCCUGGUGAUUGGCCGAGGAGGAGAAAACGUCAAGUCCAUCAACCAGCAGACGGGCGCCUUCGUGGAGAUCUCCCGCCAGCCGCCCCCCAACGGAGACCCCAACUUCAAGCUGUUCAUCAUCCGGGGGUCCCCGCAGCAGAUCGACCACGCCAAGCAGCUGAUCGAGGAGAAGAUCGAGGGUCCUCUGUGUCCGGUGGGCCCGGGGCCAGGGGGACCAGGUCCUGCUGGUCCAAUGGGUCCCUACAACCCCAACCCAUACAACCCCGGACCACCUGGGGCCCCUGGACCACCACAUGGUGGUCCUCCUGGUCCUCACCAGUACCCCCCCCAGGGCUGGAGCAGCAGCUACCAGCAGUGGCAGCCCCCGGCCCCCCACGACCCCAGCAAGGCAGCAGCCAAUGACCCCAACGCGGCCUGGGCGGCCUACUACGCCCAGUACUACCAGCAGCAGCCGGCGGGGGCCGUGCCCGGGGCCCAGUACCCCGCUAACCCAGCUGGAGGGGCCCAAACAUCAGGGGAGCAGACCCAGCCGGCCCAGACCCCGGGGGGCCAGCCGGACUACACCAAGGCCUGGGAGGAGUACUACAAGAAGAUGGCCCAGACAGGAGGCUCUGUCCCUGGGACGGCAGCAGCAGCUCCAGGAGCAGCAGGAGGAGCAGCAGGAGGAGCAGGAGGAGGAGCAGGAGGAGCAGCAGGGACCACAGCAGGAGGCCAGCAGGACUACAGCGCCGCCUGGGCCGAGUACUACCGACAGCAGGCCGCCUACUACGGACAGACGGGGCCGGCCCCCGGCCAGCCAGGGACCCCCCAGCAGGGACAGACGCAGUGAAGCUGAAGGUUUCUGGAGAGAAUCAGGGAAACGGGAUGAAGAAGACGACAGUGAACUUAAGGCCAGGAUCUAGACUCUUUUCUUUCUUUUUUUAUUUCUUGUGAGGGGAAAAUAAACCCUCCCACACCACUAAUCACCACUAAAUGGAUAUUUUUUAAUAAAGAAGCAAACAGAGCGUUUGUUCUGUUGCGUUCUCUUUGCUGCAAUGACAGGUCACAGCCUCUCAAACAUUUAUAUUCUCCAUCAGAAACAUUUAUAUUCUCCAUCAGAAACAUGGAAUAUACUCCAUUAUAAACAGGGAAGCCUUGAGACCAAGACUUUAUUGUGGAGGAGUUACCAAUAAAUCUAUCUCAUCUUCCUUUUAUUAACUUCUCCAGACUUUUGAAAGCACUUCACACCUUCAUGUGUUCUAUUUACUGAGCUGCACAUAGCUGUUAGUCUAGACUCUACUGUGUAUCUGCUGCAGGUGAUAAAACACCGGAGGAAUCCUUUUUAACCCUUUAUCAGGCAAAGAACUAUAUUUGGUAACUUCAGGUAAUAUUUCGAGAAAAAAGUUGCAAAUUUAGUAG